AUGUGGCGGCUUCUUUCCCUUGUUCUACUGCUUCGACCGGCAGCGGCUCAGCUGUCAGGGCCGGUCGGCCCCCUCACUUCUUAUACUUCCAAAGCGGCCACGAAGGUCUGCAACAUCAUUGACUACGGCGGAUACCCCAACAAUGGCACCGAUAUUGGACCGGCCCUGCUCCAGGCCUGGGAUGACUGCGCCAAAGGCGGGCUGGUUUAUAUCCCACCGGGCAACUACUCGAUGGCAACUUUCAAUGAGCUCAAGGACGGCGUAUCAUCCGCGGUGCAGCUGGACGGUGUCAUCAAUCGCACGGGGAGUAUUGGAUCAACAAUGCUGUCCUUCCGCAAUUGUGCCGAUUUCGAAUUUUUUUCAGGCAACUCGAAGGGGGCCAUCCAAGGAAAUGGAUACGAGUAUCUUGCUAACGAUGACUACGGCCCUCGUCUAAUGCGCUUCCAAGACAUGGGCAACUUCUCCGUUCAUGGCUUCGCACUCGUCGAUUCUCCUUCCUACUACCUUACCCUCGAUACGGUUGACAGUGGCGAAAUCUACAAUAUAAUCAUGCGUGGACCUACCGUGCUGGGAGGAACUGACGCCAUUGAUGUCUGGGGCCAGAAUAUGUGGAUUCACGACAUCGAGGCUACCAAUGGUGACGAGUGCGUGACGGUAAAAAAUCCAUCGACCAAUAUGCUGAUUGAGAGCAUCUUUUGCAAUCUCAGCGGGGGCAUGUCAAUCGGAUCCCUGUCCACAAACACCAACAUCUCUAGCAUCUACUAUCGCCAUAUUUACGCCAACGAUGCGGAUCCCUGCUUUAUCAAGUACCACGGUGGCAAUGGUACGGUGAAGGAUAUCGUCUGGGACACCGUUACUGUCCAUGGGGGCGCCUACCCUCUUUCCAUCGAUGGCGCCUGGGGAGAUAAGAGUGAGGGAAACGGGGUUGAGAUUACCAAUCUCACAUUCAAGAACUGGGUAGGAUACAAUACCGAGCAUUCGCGACCCUCCAUUCGCAUUCUGUGCAGCUCAGAGGUCCCUUGUACGAACAUCGAUCUCGAGGAAGUCUAUAUGUUCUCUGAGGGCGAAUACGCGACAUAUGAAUGCGAGAAUGCUUUCGGAAACGGGGCUUGUCUGAAUAGCACUGCCAGUGCUACUUCAUCAGGCGGCUAUACCGCCGUCCAGACGGUGACCAGUGUCGCCACAUAUACUACAUCCUGGAUGACCAAUGAAUUCACCUCGGCAUUGCUCGCAAACUCAUCCUUCACCAUUCCCCCUGUACCGACCAGCUUCUACCCCGGCGAGACUCCAUAUUCUUCCCUCCUAUACCUGACCGGACCCGGUGGUCUCAUGACCGCCAACUCGUCCUCAUACGGGAUAAGCUCAGUUGCAGCAUCGAGCCAGCAAUCUUCCUCCUCGAGUUUGGCCCCCAUCGCUACUGCUAGCUCAGUCCAGGCCGUACAAACUGGCAUUCCUGCAUUUUCGAAACCCAAGGAUCCGAUGAACGGCUCCUGCCGUCAACAGGGUGAUCUGCCAGAAAUGCCAGAAGUCAGAGUCCACCCUGAACUUCCGGACCCUAAGCAUCGCAGUCACCUGGAGCAUCAUCUCAAGAACAAGCACCAUUGA